AUGGAUUCCCCUUCCACAGCCCCAUUCGCUGGCGUAAAGCGCAAGGUCGUCGACAUGAGCUCCGACGAAGAAGAUGCCUACCCGCCAACUGCAUUCCGCGGUUUCGCCAGGGCCUCCUCUCGAUCUGAGUCACCUCCAACUACAUCCGGUCUGGGAAGUGCAAGUCACAGUCAUCGGGCCAACAUGCAAACAGCAGCAGGAACCCCGAGAGGCGGAAAUGCCAAGACUGGCAAGGGGUCGUCUGGUCUGAGUGGGAAUUCGUUCGCUGCACGCAUGAUGGCAAAGAUGGGUUACGUGGAAGGUCAAGGUCUUGGUUCCAGUGGUCAGGGUAUUGUUAACCCCAUCGAGGCUCAAGCGCGGCCACAGGGCGCAGGCUUAGGUGCCGUCAGAGAGAAAACCAAGCAAGCCAAAGAGGAAGAGAGGCGGGAGGCUGCCAGAAGGGGUGAAAUACUCGAGGACAGUUCGGAUGAAGAACGACGGCGGCGGCAGAAGAAGAAGGCGGAGGAGCGCAGACGCGAUGUUACGAGUGGAGCGGGCACACCCGUCGCUCGAACGAGGCCCCGGUUUCGGACAGCUAGAGAGAUAGAAGCGGAUAUGGCUGGUCUGGAGGUUCCGAAUGUUCUCAAGUCGCUGGUAGAUGCCACCGGGAAAGAACACAGGGUAUUGACCUCCACAGCUGGCUUGAUGGCACCGCUAGAAUUCGUCAAUCAGGGAGAGGGUGAAGCGUAUAAGAUCGCGCAACGCGCUCGUCACGAUCUUGAAGCGUUCGCCGACGAGUGGAAGGGGUUGAUAGAGAGAAAGAAGUUCAUUGAAAUGGAGGAGGCUCAGAUAGUCGAAGAGCUGGAUACGCGACAGCUCCAGGCUGAUCAGCUUACAGCGCUGGUUUCGGCUAUAGGAAACUUGGAGGUCUUCACAGAUGACAGCCUUCACCGAAGAUUGGACGAGGUGACCACUAAGCUUGAAACCAUAGAAUCAAGAUAUCAAAACGUGCUUGACGAAUACCGAUUACCUGAGGCUGCCAUUGCAGCCAUACAUCCUCUGUUCCGAGAGGCAAUGGAGAAGUGGGAUCCAUUAAAGGAACCUACAUUCCUGGUAUCGAACCUGCUUCGUCUUAAACCUCUUUUCUCGCGAAGGGACGGUGAGGAGACACAGAGAUCGCGGCAGUCUACAUCGCCAUAUGAGACGAUGAUCUACACACUAUGGCUACCGAGGGUGCGGUCUGCCCUCCUUAACGAAUGGGACGUAUACGACCCAUCGCCAGCUACUUCGCUUAUCGUGGCAUGGAAGGAGAUCCUACCAUCGUUCGUAUACGCAAAUGUCCUCGACCAGCUUGUCGUUCCGAAACUAAGCAGCGCUCUCAAAGGAUGGCAACCGCGAAGCAGCAGACGUCAGGGUCAGAAUUCACGUUCCCCCUGGUGGCUCUUUACGUGGCUCCAGUAUCUGGAUGAAUGGCACACAAACCCAAAACAGGCAACAGGCCUGAUGUCCGACGCGAAACGGAAAUUUCGCGUGGUGCUGGACACCUGGGAUCUCCACAAAGGUCUGAUCAGUGGCAUCGAACUGUGGCGCGACGCUCUCGGCUCUGAAUUCGACGUCUCGCUCCGAAACCAUCUCCUCCCCCGUCUCGCGCGUCUCAUGCGGGACGAAUUCGAAGUAAACCCGCAAGACCAGGAUCUGACGGUUCUCGAAGACGUCCUCAAAUGGAGGCCAUUCUUCAAGCCCAACGUCAUGGCCCUCCUUCUGGUCUCCGAGUUCUUCCCGAAAUGGCAUAAUAUACUCCACAUCUGGCUCACAAAUGACCCCAACUACGAAGAGGUUGCCGAAUGGUUCUCCUGGUGGCGUACCCAGCUUCCAGAGGAAAUUAAUGACCUAACCAUCAUCGACGACGAAUGGAAAAAGGGCUUACAGACAAUGGACCUUGCCUCUCGCCUGGGCGAUCGCGCUGCCACCGAACUCCCUCCCCCCCCACCUCUACCAUCGGCAACGGCAACGAUUGUGCAGCAGGUUCCCGCCGCAGCCGCUGCCAAGGAGAAUCUUCCAUCGACAGCAAAGCCACCCCGUCCCAAACCGAAACUUCCCGAGGAGAUCGGCUUCAGGGAUAUCCUGGAAAGCUGGUGCUCGGAGCAGGGCCUCAUCAUGUUGCCCUUGCGAGAAGCCCAUCCCCAAAACGGACAGCCCUUGUUCCGGAUUACGGCCAGUGCAACGGGCAAGGGCGGUAUUGUCGUUUUUAUACAGGGCGACGUGGUCUGGGUACAGAACAAAAAGGCAAAGGAUACAUGGGAACCGAUGGGGUUGGAAGAUCGACUUGUUGAGCGUGCUGAGGGGAAGUGA